AUGUUACUAACCUUAUGCUUCGCCAAUCUUUAUAUGCCACGGGGAAUCGAUCGGUUGAAUCCGUUGCAAGCCUAUCUUCCGAACCCCGCAUCAAAGUCUUGUCACCGUGCCCGCUUGGGGUUGGGUGCUGUUUGCAUAGCACUCAUAGGCUCUGGGACUGAUGACCUUACUAUUCUAGUCUUUUCCAGUAAGCCUUGUUGGAUGACUCAGAGCUCUUGUGCUCCCUCUUUUCAAUAUCCCUUUGCUGUCUUCGUAACCGCACGAAGUGACAGCGGGGAAGGAAAGCAAGGGACUGAUUACACUAGUAAGACAUGCCCAGAAGAGGAGGAAGGAAAGCUCAAAGAAUCCAACUCCAGCAGCAUAUUAACUGAUAUAGACGGAACGCGCCCCACAUUUUUAGGACGUUCCUAUCGAACACAUAUCCUACCUGUAAAGGGAAGAUCGGGCAAGACCCUUAUCUGUUCUUCUCAUCCGUACCGUACUCUUUAUAGAGAAUCUGUCAAAGAAUAUGAGACCUUUGCAGAAGGCAAUCAGCCGGAAAUCGAUGCCUUACAGCAUAAUCUUGGACUUGGCUUAGCUUCCUCCAAAAAAGAAAAAGCUAGUGCGGUUACGCCUUUUCCUAAUGCCCUUACUAAACCACCAACUGCGGUUAUUCCGCAAAGACCGGAUAAGGCGCAUCUAUCUAAUAGCGGACGAUUUUCGGCAACUUCGGAGCCCCGCCUGAGAAAGAAAGAAUACAUUCCUCACGUAUGCACAGGCCUAUGGGCUUUAGCAAGCCCCUUUCCAGUCGUGGCGUAUCAUUUCAAAAAGUUAAAGGCAUAUCACCGCAGUGACUCUUCCAUGUCAAAUAGUCUUCCAGUUGAGAUUUACGGUUCCGAGUUAGAUUCUAAUUGCGAGAAGGAGGAACUUAACUCCGAUUGUGAUGGCGACUGCCUAAUAAGAAUGGAGAAUAGGAGUACGCCACUCGUGGUCAGAGGAGAGCCUGGAGGAGAAUGGGAGAAAUCUUUUAGUUCGCCUUCAUUCCAUAGCUACUUAGUACCUCGGAUCCCUUCUCCUUUGAGAACUACCACUCAAGACUGUUGGAUCACUCAUCAAUGUCAUCAGCUUAAAAUUAUGGCUUUGGGGAAGCCGAUGCUAACUUGGCUGACACUGACACCGAGAGGAAAAGGCUUCUUUAUGGCAUUCCCGGCCUACGAGAAUAUCCUCUUCCCCAGGAAAGCUAACUCAAUAGGAAUUAUCUCUCUCGCCGAUGCUAUUGAAUCCGCAGCUGUUGGUCUUGGUGGUAGGGAUAUAAGACCAACAGUGGCUGUGUAA